AUGGAUCUUCCGUUGGUUGUCUUCCACCACAUCUUAAUAUUCUACCUGCACAGAGGGGGGACACAGAGAACCAUCUCAACCUACACACCUCCAACCAUCACAAGAAGUGGUCGCAACUGGGGGGCGAGAUAUCGCACUGCUUGUAUCUCCAUGGAGGUAAGUCUCAUUCAUGCCCGUUCCUAGUUUUGGAAGUUGCGCCUCAGUACAGAGGGCUCUCAUCUCCAGCUCAGUCUGUUGGUUGAUGGGUGCCGGGCGGUAUUCCUACCUACCUCUGGCAACGCCCCACCCCGCUCUCAACUAUAAUAUACUGUUUUGAGAAUGCCUCCUUGAGGUCACUCAUAUCUUCGACAAACUAACCUCUGCAUCUAGAACCCUCAAGGCUUCGGUUGUUCUCGUGGAGACGAGAAUCCCACAACCUCUCCGUCCUCGCCCUCGUCCCCCUCCUCGACGACUCCUUCCCAAAGUUUGCCCGAGGGCCAUGAGCUUCUUCUCGACCACGGGCUCCUGCCUUCAAACCCCCUCGAGCCACUGGGCACUAACAACCUUGGCUCAAUUGACAGCGAAGAGUUUCCACCCCCCUCGUCGGCAAACACAAACAACACCACGCCUCUACACACGCCUCCAAGCCCCACGCGUCGCCCUCGUCCUCGCUCGACCAGCUCCACUUCAUCUUCAAGUUCAGACUCUAAUUCUUGGGAUGCUCAAGAGACACGCUUGUCAAAGUGAGUACCUUCGUAAUUUCCCUCGCGGCCAGCGCUUGUCAGGCCAUGCCCAUGUCGCAAGACCUUCAUUCCCCAGAAGCAGAACGACUAACCAGGUAUAUGCUUUUAGUCUCGACAACUCUGCUGAGGAUACCUCGAUAGUCGAUAUCGUCACUAGUAAGAACUCGCCCGUUGGUGCCUCAGAUGUUGAACACCGCCAAACAAGAAAGUAUCUAUACAUACUCACUGGUUCUACCGUCUACUCCAUACCAAUCACGAUAUCGCACCACACGCAAGGAGCUGACAACGUCACAGCCCAAACUCCCGAAGACGAGCAGAACACCGACGUGCUAGUGGUACCGACUCGAUCACAAAGCAUCAACCCGUUUAGCAUCUUUAACAACGUAGUCGACAUUUCGGAGUUUCUUCGUCACGAGAGCCUCCAAGCAAUGUUAGAUCCCUUCGGAACCCAUGAUCCAAAGGCCUAUGGUAUCUUGUCUACCUUCAAUCGUGAAUAUACCGAGAUUCUGGCCCUGAAAUCAGGCCAAAGAGGCACUGACUCGCGAUCAUGGACCGUCGUAAGUGAAUGAAACAAUACUAUUAGUCUCGCAGCGAGUUAACGAAUGUCAGGGAUUUGACGUACGAAUUUUCGCCCGCUCCGUUCGUAAAUUUCCUUCCUCGAAGCCCAUUCACUGCCCCUAUAAGCUCCGUGGUACGCACCAUGAAUAUGAGGCUUAUGUCAGAUCUGGAGCUCAGUGGACCAGACGACACGCAAGUGCAGACGUUAUAAACUGUAAGUGGUCUGCUCGAGGAUUGUUUCAGUAUUAACAUCAGACAGCUUUCUUGAGUCCCGUUAGCCACGAAUCACCUGUCGCACCAGAGCUUGAAAGAAUUGCUGAUGCUUUCUUCAAUGGAAGAGAAGUGCCUGAAGACAUCGAGGUCGAAUGUACAAGCGAAUCCAAAAAGACCAAGGCAUACACCAUCGAAUAUAAAGUGGGCGAGCAUACAAAGACAUUGAACUCGAAUGUCGCUAAAGACAAGAAAUUGAUCUUCUUCCUGCAGGAUUGCGCGAUGGCAAAUCAUCUAGAACUGGUAUAUCAACAAAAGGGCACAGCGCCGAUGGGAUUGACAGGGACCGAUGGGUCUAUCAAGGUUUACCGAGAUGAUAAGCACAAGAAGUAUUCAAAGCUCGUUGGGAUGGACGACGACCAGGAUAUUGUAGCAGGUAAUCCAGCGGAGUCUGGCUACGCUGUCAUCGCCGUUUUACACCCCAAUAUAGAGCUAAGAGAUCCGUUAGGUCUGCCAAACGUUGAUACUACUACAAACAGCCAGGACCCUCCGUUGACCCUAACCGAUGAGGAAUUGAAACAAUUAGCGGCUAGUGUUGCACAACCACCCACCCAGUCCAGAAAACCCAAGAAGAAAAAGGUCGGCAAGAAGAGUAAGCAACUUCAUCAAAAGAUGCUACAAUCUAGCGAUCUCUCCACGGAAGUGCAUUCGCCAAAUCAGGAAGACAAACCACUGGCAGAUACGGUUAUGGCGGAAACCUCGCUCAACUCCAAAAAAGCUACUAGUGAAGUCAAGUCUGCCCCGAAGCAGGUUGACAAGAGCGUCCAACUAGGUUCAGUCAAGUUAUUUCCCAAUGGGAUGAGUGGCGCCUCGAAGCCCAAAGAUGGAAAUGGAGAUAGCGGAUGGAAAACGGUGGAGCCAAGAAUACCAAACAAACCUCGAGUUUCUGCCGCAAAACUCAACAAUCGCUCUACUAAUUCCAGUCCGUAUUCUCCUCGUACUUCUUCGCUACAAGCCAAUCAUGGGAGUCCCUCUCGACAGGCCAAUUCAGCACAACAGGUUCCGAGGGUAGCAUCAGCACAAUUCUACCAUCAUGGACAAAAAGCAGCGGGAGGAAGAAUAAACAACGCGGGGGAUAGCAUGUCUCCAGUAAGCAGCAUUAGCCUUCAAACUAUUUCGCCUGCUGACAUUACCUUAGAACAGAGUUUCAGCUCCUCCAAAAACUGCUCAGAUUCCGCAAUCUGUCUCGGCUUCGAGAAAUACACAAAUCGUCCGUGACCAAGUUUCUCCGACGAAAACACGACUUCCAGUCCUCGAGAAAGUCAAUUCAAGUGACAAGGAAGCUCCACAUCCAAGAGACAAGGUCGAGUCUAGAGCACCUGAACCCAGCACGCGCAUCUUUGACCCAAGCGAAUAUCCGGCGAUGCCUUCGAGGCCUAAAUCCUCAAGCGUAAAGGCCCCAGCCACCAAUGCAAUCACAACGUUCGAAGCUGGUCAGGACACUGAAAAAGAGCCAUUGAAAGAUACUACUGAGAUUACCGACCGGGUCAUUUCUAACCUAGGCCGUGAGACAACUCCUUCUAUCGACUCCGACAAGAGCUUUGAAGCGAAGCCAGCAUCUGAGUUUAUAGGAGGUACUGAUGAUAAACCAGGGCUUGUUGCUGAUUCUCCGACAAUCUCGGAGAGUGAGACUGAUGAAACCCCCGAUUAUAGCAGUCAAUCAGUAUCUGGUUUGUCUGAAAAGACGGCUGAUGCUUUCCAGGGAACAUCUUCUACUAGUCAAGUGAAUGCACCGUUCAGUGGCACAUCUGUUAGCAGUGAAACUGUUGAUCAACCUGAGGAGCCUUCACCAAUUGUUGAAAAUGAUGAAACAAAUGAUGUUGCCGUCAAUUCAAUUGACGAGGAACAAAACACGAGGCAUCAAUCAAGUGAAGUUCUUCCAUCAGAUUCCGGUGUUUCUGCACGGAUAACUAGCGACGUUCAAUUGCAAGUACUUGAGCAGGAUUCUUUGUCGUCCGAUUAUAAUGGCGUCGACGUUGAACAGGAGGAGUCUCUCGGCAACGGGCUGACAGCGGCUGAUGAUGAUAAUGAUGAUGCAUUAUCGUUCAAGGAAAAUGCUAACCAAUCACUGAAUAUGGACACGAGCAACCUUAUGAAUCUGCCACCCAUCAGUAGUGCCCCUACUUUCAACAACAAUGUUCUUCCAAGUUACAAUUUCCAUCAGCAUCCAGGCUGGGUUUCGCUUCAGCACCCACCACCGGCACCUUUCUAUCACCCCAUAGGUGGUGCUCCUGUUGGUUACGGUCAUCCAUAUGUCGGUCCCAUUCCGCCAGGACCACCUCCUUUUCAACCUUACAAUCCAGUUCCCCAUUUUCAUCCCUCCCAGCAAGCCCUUUACACAAAUCAUCUUCAUAGAGAUGCUGCUGAAAACUCCCAGCAAAUGACUGUUGAGCCCGCUACCCGCCAAGAUUCUACCAUUCGCAGUCAUCCAACUGAAGCUCAAUCUGCGAGCCCGACUCCAAGCAUCAUCGAGAGCGCCGACGUGGGCACGAAUUCCGGCAAAGUCGCUGUCAAGGUCGCAAUUGAGCCUCAACCCGCUAUAUAUAACGCCUUCCGCUGUUCAUACUGCCAGGAUUCUGGAACGCCCAAGGAUGUUCAAUCUCUUGUGUUCUGCCCAGGGUGUGGACCAACUUGCAACAUUCGUUACUGUUCAACGGCCUGUCUUUUAGCCGAUGCUCACGACCAUUCAACUUGUUGCAUGAACUUCCCUGCCUCACAAAGACUCGCAUUCCAUGACCUUCCAGAGCAGUUCAUAUACGAAAAGGAUCCUAUCAUGCCGCUCAACGGUCUCCCACCAUCUCCGGAACAAUUUCGUCAGAAAGCCUAUAUGAUGUACUGUAACUCUGGACCAUUUCCUACCACUCUGAAGGCAUGGGCUAAGCGAAAUUCUGCUGAGACGAGCUUACAAGGUGUUGACCAUUUGGAGCAGCAAAAGCGAACCGGAGAAUACCACGUUUUUAGAUCUGCACUUACAACUGUGGGUACCCGUCGUAAUCCUGGAGCGGAUGUCAUCUUCGUGAGUUACUUAAUCAUGCCGGUAAUAUCGAAGGAAGCUAACUUACGUUGCAGACUAUCAUUUUGCGCAAGGGUGAUCCAGCCAAGAAAAUUCUUAGCCGUUGCCUUAAUGCUAGCUUCCUCCUCUACCGACGUGAAGUUGUGGAGUUUCUUUUCCUCUUCAUCCGCCACUUUAUUCUUGAUGCCGAAUUGUUCGAAAUGGCUCCACAUCACGCAACCAACACAGUUGUGCUUGAGGAGUUCAAGCAUCAAUUCACUAGAGAGUUCAAUUUUGAUAUUACACCUUAUGAAGAUGAUCUAAAGAUGUUUAGCAUCGAUGAAGAAAGCCGGCGUAUUCAACCUCUUCUGGAUGAUAUCGAGUCCAAGUAUCCUAUUCUUCAACGUUGGUGGAGAUGUUAAGGCAGCGCAAUCUAUUCUAAAAUCCGUGUGCUUAUUCAAAAUGCCUCCCUUGGGGGAGAUCUGGGACAGGGAAUGAGAAUAUAUUCGUUUUCGAAAUCGACGCCAUGAAUUUCUUGAAGCGUGGGAUUUCUCGGUAGUAGAUAACAAGAUUGGUGAAAAGUUUUGAUCGGCUAUCUACAGAUUAGGAAUCGGUUUGGGAAUUGUGAAUAUUCUCCAGUCC